GACCGCAAAGGAGCCUGGGUAGCUCGAGGGGGGGGGAAGCGCAGAGCAGCGCGGGCAUGUCGCUCUGCAUGUCGGGAGCUGCAGUCCUUCCGCGGCCUCGCGCCUCGCCUCCUCGUUUUCCCGUCAUUCCCUUUGCGCCGCUGCUGCCGCCGCCUACUUCCCCCUCAUAAACGUUUCGCUUCUUAUUUCUUUCUCGGCUACUGUUAAGAUGGCGGACCGUCGGAGGCAGCGCGCCUCGCAGGACAGCAGCGAGGACGAGGAGUCCGACUCGCCGCCCGGCAGCGCGGCCCCUUCCCCGCGGGGCGCCCACCGCUCUGGCCUGGCCGUGGCGGGAGGGGGCGGCGGCGGCGGCGCUGCUGUUGACGCCGUGAGCGCGGAGGCGCCGGUGACGGUGGGAGGCAGCCCGGCCGACUCGGAGUGUGUGAGUGUGGAAGGGAGCCUGGUGGGAAGAGGAAAAAGGGGGCGGGGGCGGGGAGAGAAGCUGCUUGGACUUUCUCCUCUGGCUGCACCCGGCUCUUGUCGGGGCCCGCUUUCACCGCGGGCCUGGACCCCGGAACUACCGGCGACAUUAAAGCAAAAACGGCAGUGUACCUGCGAAUGCACAGAGCGGUCCUUGGUUGUUGAUUUUUUUAAAAAUCUGAACGCUUGCCGUUGAGUAGCCGUAGCUCGUAUCCGGUUGUCCUACGCUCAAACGAUGUGGUUUUUUGGUUUUAAGUAUAUCGUUCUCCGUUUCGGGGUUGUUGUUUUUUUUAAUUGUUAUGUAAAGAUUGCUUUUAAUGCCUCCCUUAGUUACAAAAGUGUUUCCGAGCACAUUUAAUCGGAUUUUUCCUCAGCAAGCUAGUUCUUGGGUCUUUGGCCAGGAUUCAAGAAUUUGGAGGCCAACGGAUGUGCUUAUCAGUCGAGCCUUAGUCCCGGUUAUCUUUGUGGUUUUCCAUCUGGGAACUUAAAACUGUUAGUUGUGUCUAUGAGAUGAAAAUGUGCACUGUAUUCCCUCGGUCUGUAGUCAUAUUUUUAGAACCUGGGUAUUUUUAGAACCUCUUCUCCCCCGCUAAGCCUUUUCAAAGACCAGGGUGUCAUCAACCACUUUUGUUUCUUGGAGUAACAUUAAUGUUAAGUGUGACAUUUGAGGUUUUUAGCUAACAAGCUCCAAUAGUCUUGGUAAGCAAACUUUGCUGUGAUGUUUUGAAAGCUAUAAAAACAACAAUAUGGUGAUUGAAGCUGCUAAGGUUAUUAGUCCGUUUGCAAAGUAAUGGUGGGGUUGGUGGUGGUGUCCAAAUGGAGAUAAAACUGAAGAGUUUGAAGCAGACAGCAUUUGAAAGAGCUUUUAGGAAUUAAGACACACCCUUUGCUGGAUGGCCACAUUAGGAUUUACAGAUGGCAUGCACUUUGUUUUAUUGAAUUGGCUGCUUGUUUGAUAGAUCCACCAGGUCUUUGCCUAAUUUAUUUUGUUCGUACUGAAAUACCAGAUUGGUUCUCAGUUCUGAUUUCUGUUUUCCCCUGAAUUAAGGUGGAAUCAACAACUAACAGCUGCAGUCUUGUUGUCAUAGUGCAAUGAAAUAGUAUGUAUCCAGUGUGCUAAAAUGUUGUACAGUGAUUCCAAGCUUGGAAUACCUAGUUUAGAUUGCCAGUUGGGACACAUCUACUGUGGUUGGGUGGGAAUUGCACAUCCUUCUGGAUAGCAUUUAGCAGCUGCCAUGUUUUUCGUUUGCUUUCCUGACUCCCUUGUUCUUUUGAAGGUAUGGCUUUCAAAGUUUGAAGCAGACCACCUCUGUAAGAAGACCUAAAUGGUUGUGCGGGGAGACACAAGAAAUAAAGAACAAUAGAAAGAGGGUAGCAUCAUGUAACAUGAUCAAGCCUGAAAACAUGAAUGAGUAAAGGAAGUAGACUUAGUAAGCAGAAAUUGUAGGUCCCAGCAUGUUCCCCACAUUAACAGCCCUUCCUUGGGGCUCUUUCUCUUUGCAAAGGAAGUUGUUGACAGUCUGUUGUCUGUAAUACAGUGGACCUUGGUUCUUGAACCAAGAGAGCCAGUGUGGUGUAGUGGUUAAGAGCGGUAGUCUCCUAAUCUGGGGAACCGGGUUCGCGUCUCCGCUCCUCCACAUGCAGCUGCUGGGUGACCUUGGGCCAGUCACACUUCUCUGAAGUCUCUCAGCCCCACUCACCUCACAGAGUGCUUGUUGUGGAGGAGGAAGGGAAAGGAGAAUGUUAGCCGCUUUGAGACUCCUUCAAGGGAGUGAAAGGCGGGAUAUCAAACCCAAACUCUUCUUCUUCUUCUUCUUCUUGAACGGCUUAGUUGUCAAACAAAUCAGCUUCCAAAUGCCGCAAACCCGGAAGUAAGUGUUCCGGUUUGCAAACGUUUUUCGGAAGCUGAACAUCUGAAGCGACUUCCACUUGAGCGCAGGAAGGUCCUGCAGCCAAUCAGAAGCCUUGGUUUUCGAAUGUCUUCAGGAGUCAAACGGACUACCUGAACGGAUUAAGUUUGAGAACCAAGGUACCACUGUGGGCUUGUCCUUGCUUUCUAAAGGUAUGCUCACACCAGGCAAUUCUUUUCCCAGCAGAGUAGGGAAAGGGCACCUUUCUGCCUCUGGAGAAUGCCCUGCUCUUCUUCUCAGCAGGUGCAUCAUCUGCAUGCAUAAGUUGCAGUGGAAGAGCUAUUUCUCUUGCCUGUCCAGUUGAGACACAAACCCAAUUUUUUAUUUAUGAGAUCGGUUGGUAGGCAGGGUUCCGGCUUGUUGCUAAACUGAGCACUCCUGCAGUCAGUGUGUUUUGAGACCGUGCAGUACAUCCAUAAGAAGUGAGUCCCCCUUUAAAUGAGAAAAUCACAUUCCCAUAGCCAAAUCUGACCAAAUAAGUGACUCCUUCAGAGAUUUGGUGUGUAAAGCACUAGCUUUUUCCAGACAACAUCUGAAGAAAAUACGUCCUAAAGAACCCUAGGUAGCUGUUAUUGUUAACACAAGCAAUAAAAGGAAAAGAGGUGAAUUAAAGCAAAAAGAAAAAUAGAAUUGGGCCAAGAGAAACAACAUUUUCUGAGGCUGCAUAAAUGUAAUGUAUUUAAGUGUACUGGAUCUUGGCUACUAGCUACAUCCCCCACCUGGCAAGACCCACAUAAAAUAACUGAACAAUAUUAUUGCUGCUGUUUGCUUAUAUGAUAGAGAAUGUUGCAGUUUCAUUAAAAUAUUCAGUUUUGUGUUCCUUCAUCACCUAGAGUUCUUAACAUAUGUGUAUUGCAAUAAGCAUUUUCAUUUGUGUUCUUAUUGAGGGUUAUGCUGUUUUUCUUUAUGGUAAUAUUUCUUUCUCUUAAAACAGGAAAGUGAAGACGGCAUAGAAGGAGAUGGUAAGUGAUGUUCUCUCUUUUAGUUUGAGUGAUUGUGAAUGGUGAGGCGUAGUGUAGAUUUGGUUAGGGAAUAUUCUUAGAAUUAAUGCUUAUUGUAAUAGCAUUUUUUAAAACAACCAAGCAGCAUAUACAUUUUCUUUAAAAAAAAAUCAAGUUGUAAUUCUACAAGGAAGAUGUUCCAGACACAAGCCCUUAUGCUUAUGGUACUUUGGCCUGUAGGUAAAUUCAGACAUCUUUUGUUAGAAAUGGACCUCAUCAUAGAUGAAUGGGUGGUAAGGUUUUCUACCAGAGUUUUGUUUGGCUGUUUGUAUUAAUGAAAACACAGUGUGAUGUUCCUCCCCCCCAUACAUUUUAAUGGCUUGGAUAUCUUAUAAAGUGGUAAGACUUCCCCACAUUUACCACUUGAUAAAAUGGUUUUCUGUAUUUGUAAUCUAUGACAUUUGUCAUUGACUGAGGAGUGCAUUCCAUUUCCUCUACACACCAAGCUUAUAGAAUGUGGCCAGAGCUGCCUUAUUAAAGAACAGCUCAAGGGUUCCCAUAUCCACCAUCACUUUGUGAACAUGUGGACAGUGAAAAUUCCCCUGCUUCACUGGCCACAGACUCUGUGGCAGUGAAGGAGCCAUAUAUAUAUAUAUAUAUAUAUAUAUAUAUAUAUAUGCACUUCAUUAGGAUGUGAAGUCUUAAUGCACUGUCCUAGAAACUUCAACGCAAGGUUGAAUUUUGAGGAGGGAUUUGAAGACGGGGGGAAUUUCAGCAUUAUGUAAGUGUUCAGAAGAAGCUGGAAACAUAAGAAGCAGCAAAGCAAAAAAGUGAUUAUUUUACAGAAGCAUAAGGCCAACAGAUGAUUGAGGGUGGUGGAUUUUGAGGAGCUAAGAACAUAGGUAGGAGGAUGUGGUGGUGGCGGCAGAGGGAUGAGGUGGGGCAAGGCCAUAGUGGACUUUCAAGGUAACAGCAAGAACAGUUGAGAAAACAUUGUAGGGAUUAAGGAAAGGCUUACAUGUCAUGUAAGCGUUGAAUAAUUUUGGUGCAGAAUUCUGAAUUUAGGCAAGAGGGAUGAAGUGACAUUGGAAUGCCACAGAGGAGAUGGUUGCAGUAGUUAUGAGAAAUGGCUUGAAUGUGAACAAGAGCUUUUUACUAAGAGGGCAGAGAAGCAUGACCAGUGUAUUUAUAGUGUUUUAGAUUGAGAAGCACUAUGUCUUGUUGGUGAACGGAAUGUGAAAAGAAAAGAAAAAUAAGUGUGUGCAUCAAAGAUUAAACAAGUGUUGUGUCUGUUAAGUUGUGUGGAUGAUGACUUUGUCAAUGGAUCGAGAGAGUAUAUGAGAAGAGAAUGGUAUGGGAAGAUGAGAAAUUUGGUCGUCUACAUAACAAAUUUUAAAGGGUUUGUCUAACCGCAAACAACUCUUCUUUAUAUUUAGCUGUUCUUUCUGACUAUGAAAGUGCUGACGACUCAGAGGUGAGUUACAUUUUUACUGACAAUUUCAAAUAUGUCUGUUGCCAUUUUUCUGGUGUACAGUAUUAACAUGCCAAUGAACUUUUAUUUAGAAAAGGAACCUUCAGGAAUCUGGACCCUUGGAUGAAUUGGAAUGUGUAAUUGUUAUCUCAUUUACCAUGGAAAAGCAGUCCACUUCUGCGUUUUGAAAUUUAUUAUAUGUUAUCUAUCCUCUGUAUUCAAAGCUUACCUUGGGGGUUUUAGACCUAGAAGCAUGUGCCUUGGAUGCCUGUUUAUCUUCUGCUGGUGUUGGGGAAGCCAUCAGGUUCCAAAUGGUGGUUCACUUACAUUAAACCAUAGUUAUAAACAAACUGUGGUUUUGUGUGAGCGUGAGGAACACAGAACUGAAAAGUUCUUAUUGUGCUCCUCCCUUAUUCCUGAACUGCUGGAAACAAGCCAAAGUCUGGCUUUGUCAUGGCAACUGAACUUGGGUUUGUGGUUUGUUUCUCCCAAACUACGAGCAGUAAGCCAACAACAAAUGUUGGCUAUUGCUCAUGGUUCAUUUCUCUUUAAACAAACCACAAGCCCAUGUUCAGACAUCACAACAAGAUGGAAUUUGGCUUGUUUCCUGCCACUUUAGCAGGGGCAGAGAAGGAGUGCUGUGAGAACUCUUCAAAUUAAACCAUAGAUUGUGUUUACUAAUAGAUUGACUUGCAGAGCAAAACAGUUUGUAUAAGCCUGUUCAGACAAAACAGUGUCCUGGAGGAAAAGAUUUUUUGUAAAAAAAGAAAAAUUCUUUAAAUUGCUAGGCACCUGCACCAAUUGAAUCACAUUGGAUGUUUGUUUCAGGCUGAGGAGGGGGAAUACAGUGAGGAGGAGACAUCCAAAGUGGACCUGAAGCAGGAGAGUAAUGAAACUAAUGAGCUGACAAGAAAAUCAGACAAAGGGGAUGAAAAACCAGAAUCGAAAGGCACUGUGGCAGGCGAGAGGCAGAGUGGGGAUGGCCAGGUAAGUCUUACUAAAUGCUGAGUAUAGGUACUAACCAUUUAAACGAAAAGGUGCCUUUGUAUUUACUUUUCAAGAAAUAAAUACUUAGUUUCAUAACGUUCUAAAAGAAGCUUCCUGCAUUUUUGUGUAAUAGGCUAGUGUUAGGGAAAUCAAUAAAGGCAUCAAAUUUUAAACUGCUUUGCCUUUUUCCCACUUACACAAAUGCAGUUAGUUAUUUUCACCACUAGAACACGUUCCUACAUUCUUUCUACACAGUCUCUAGCCAUUGGUGUUGUCAUAAUCAUCCAGUGUUCUGUACAGCUGAUAUUUCUAACGUAUAACAAAUCAGUACAUACAUAAGGAUACCUGACUGAAUCAUACCUGGAGUAGACCCAUUGAAACAAAUGACUUAACUAAAGUCUUCAUUAGGUCUGUUCUGAAUAUAGCUAACAUUGGACAUUGUCCUUUUUCUUUUUUCUUUCUUUUUUCAAUAUUCCAAUAGUGACAUCACUUAGGAGAAAUAGCAGCAGAUCUAGUUGUACUUUAUAUCCUGAAAAUUUCUCCAUUAUAGAUAGAUAGAUAGAUAGAUAGAUAGAUAGAUAGAUAUAAAUCUUUUCCCAACAUUUUUCAGCUGGCAAACAAUUUCAUUGCAAAUGAUAGAAAUCUUCUCUCACAUUUUCAGCAGUUCAACAUACAAUUCUUACUUUUCUUGCCAUUAAGGGAACAGUAUCUUGCAACAAUUCUCUCUUAAUAUUCAUACACAAAGAAAAAGUGCUGUUGAAAAGUCUCUCUCUAAGUGUAUAGGUGUAUACUAAGUGUAUAAGUGUAUACUCCAGAUGUUGAGUCUACUUCACCAUAAAUGCACUUGUCCACACUUCUCAGCAUCAUGCUAAGCGGAUUGCUGUCCAUGCAGGCCCUUCUGCUUGCCUAAUCUGCAGCACAGGGAGAGGAGGAAGUCAUGCUGUGCUAGCGGAAACCACAGGCUUCGGCCAGCAGGGCUUGUUAGUUGAAUCCCACUCAGCACUUUGAAGAACAUUUUCUUAUUUACUGGUUUUGCUUUAUCAGUUAGGUAAUACAGGUUUCUUUUCCUUUAUUCCGGAGUACUUGCAUGGUUUUUGGAGAGUUGUUUUAUGGAGAAUACUAUCUUUAUUCUCAGACAGCUGUUCUACAUAUGUUAUCAGUUUUAUCUUCUGUGAUAACAUUUGACCAAAACAUUGGAUGAAGAGGAUGGGUUCUGGAACACUUUGGUGGGUUUCUGUGUAGGCAGAAGACCAAGAGGCGCUUGCUUUCCUUUUUCUUGUAGGAAAGCACUGAACCAAUUGAGAACAAGGUGGGCAAAAAGCUUCCUAAGCACCUGGAUGAUGACGAGGACCGGAAGAACCCUGCAUACAUACCUCGCAAAGGUCUUUUCUUUGAGCAUGACCUUCGUGGGCAAACUCAGGAAGAGGAAGUCCGGUAGGUGAUGUGGGCAGCGAGUGAAGCGAGGUGGGUUUGCAGAGCAAGGGGUGCUCUUGGUCAGGAAGGGUUAGAAAGUUGAAAGAAUGACUGCUCACAGAGAAAAUAAUACAAGCUAAUACAGAAAACUUUUUUAAAAAAAACUAUGUGCUAUCGCCAAUGUGGGACCAUUUCUUAAUGUUGCGGUUACAAGAACCUUGAGUGGCUUUGAGCAGCCAUCUACUGGCGCGUAGACCCUCAGGAAGCAUUAUUUGCUUUACAUAGUCAUUUGACUGUUUCUUCUGAGUCCCAUGUUUCUCCUGGGACAGACUUUAUUGGUUGGGGUACCCUGGUUUUGAUAUUCCCUCCCUUGAUGCCCAGUUGACUUUUAUUUUAGUGGCGUUUUAGCUAAAUGAAGACCUUUCUGUUUUGUCAGAAUUUUGCCUGAUUUGAGUUUUCUCCCUGCACUCGGUGCGUUUAUACAACUCUGGUUUUAGUUUUUAUUUGUAUUCCACUGUAUUAAGAUCAGUACAUUUUCUUGUUCCUGCCAAAGACCAUAACAAAUGCAUUCUCCAACAAGCCAAUACAAUAAUACAAAGAUAAUUCAAUUUCAAACCUGGCAACAAAAGUAGGAAUAGGAACAUAAAUUAGAUCUUAACAUCUGUUGCAGUACAUUUUAAAAUCUAUGGUUUUGGACCCCUUCUGAGGUCCUGUGUUGCUAGAAAGAAGGGAUAGAGCCGCUUUCUAUAAAUAUAAACAUUAAAGCCUCACUGAUUCUUUCCCUCUUGUCACGCAAGGCCUAAGGGCCGCCAGCGCAAGCUGUGGAAAGAUGAGGGACGGUGGGAGCAUGACAAGUUCCGGGAAGACGAGCAGGCACCGAAAACAAGGCAGGAGCUGAUUGCUCUUUAUGGGUAUGAUAUCCGCUCAACACACAACCCUGAUGACAUCAAGCCCAGGAGAGUGCGCAAACCAAGGUGAGGUAACAAAGACAAGUGUAUGUACUUGUUGUAUUAUAGUACCGGACCGGGGGGGAGGGGAUGGUGUGGUGGUGCAGGAACAUUAAUGAUGUGGAACUCAGUUCUGUGCCCUGAAUAGCUUGAGGAAUGUGCUUCUGACCUGUAGCAUCUUAUCUCCAUUCAGAUUUGGGAGUCCACCACAGAGAGAGCCAGAUUGGGCCAAUGAACGGCCUAGUAAGCCGCCACGGCACCAGAGCCUAGAAAGUACUCCCGUGCCGCCCAGGACAUUCAUCAAUAGGAACUCCGCAGGGACAGGACGGAUGCCCCCACCAAGGACUUUCCCAAGACCCGGUGGCUACAAAGAGACCCGUCCAUGCUACCGGGCUGUGGAUGUGAACAGCCAGCACGCGCCUCGCUUCAGUGAGCAGUCAAAGCACGAGAGCAAUUACCGUUCCAGGCGUUUGGAGCCCCUCCCACCACGAGAGCCUUCUCCUGAAGUAGAGAUUCCGCACAUUCGCAACAGCCCUGUUAAAAAGGAAGAAGUGGUUUCAGAAAGCCCAGCAGCUCCUGCAGAUGUUCUGCAGCCACCACCAGAUAGGCCAGUGGAGAAGAAGUCCUACUCCCGGGCAAGGAGGACUCGGACCAAAGCAGGCGAGACGGGGAAGUUGGCCGAGGAAGUCCCGCUUCCAUUGGGGUUGACUCCUGCACCGCUGAAAACUACUGAGGUUAUACCAUCCCCUUCGCCAGCAAAGACUGGUAACUGGGAGGUGCCUGUUGAAGCCAGCCUAGAUGGGCUCGAGCAAGACAUAACCCAGUUAAAUAUAACAGAACAGAACUGGAGCCCAGGGCAGCCCCAGUUCAUACAACCUCAGGGUAAGUGGCUGGCUGAUGAACUGAAGCAGAGGGGGACUAGCUUUAUUUACUUGAUAUGUUUAUAAUCCACCCCCAUAGAGCAGUUUAGAAAGAACAGUAAAUCUAAGUUCUGACUCAUCAUAAAACAGUUAAAACAUCACUCUAGCCAAAUAUGUAUGUGGUUAUUUCAAACUGCUAUGUGGUUCCUUUGCUGUUCUCUUUAUUUCCUAGAAUUUUGUUUUCUUCCCUGCCCUGCCUCAACAUUUUCCUUUGUCCUCCUCCUAAACCUCGCCUUCUUAAGCCCCAGUCUUCACUUUCUACUUAUGUUCACCUUCCUUGCUUCCCUUAGUUUGCUGCCUUCUUAAGGCCCUGGCUCUUGUUUUCCUAAGUCCAAGUUGCUUCUGUCCACCCCUAUUUGUCUAGAUGCUUUUCUUUAGGAUCUGAGCAGCUCAAUCUAUGGUAAGCAGAGUCUUUUAGGAUCAGAGAUCAGCAAUAACCAAAAGCUCUUAUUGCAUCUCUGUGACAUUGGGACAUAUCCACUCACUGGCAGAAGUCCCAACAUCAUUAAAAAAAUUCAAACAUAACUUAAAUCCCAAUUGUUCAUUUUUAGCCACUAAGUAUUUGCCUAAACUGAAGGUCCGAGAGGAUGCAGGAGUUCCAUGACUGUUCUGCGAAAGCUCCUCUUUCUGUGCUGAUUUGUCCUGGAAAUAAUAUCCUUCAGUUAUUCUGAGAAAUCACAUUAAGAUAAAGCAGAAAAAGCAGUUUCACAGUUCUGUAGGGUUUGGACUGGUGAGGACUUCGUAUGUCAAACCUCCUCCAGUGUUUACACAUCAUGCUUGCAGUUUCUGAACACUGCCUACGCUUUCAAAAUUCAACUUUUUUUAACUAUGAAGGCUGCAAAGUUUGCUUUUAAACACACAGGGAUAGUUUUCCAUCAGACUCUGCAUUGUCUUGAUGAGGAGAGAAGUAUAUGAGCAGGCAUAGGGACUCUGUACAGCUCCGUUGUAUGUGAAGUGCUCUUUAAUGCACUGUUGAAUAGAAAAGAAGAAAAGCUGGGGUUCACAGGAUGUUGGCCUAAGUAGGGAAGUACCCACUGUAGGCUCAGCCAACUCAACCCAGGGUCCGCUGUGAUAGCGUAUGAGGUUGGUUGGAACUAAGGAGGUCUCUGACCAGUGCUCAAAGGGGUGACCAGCUGGGAAAUGCAUGUACACCACCUUGGGUUCCAUGGCAGAAGAAAAGUGGGAUAUAAGUGUAAGAAAAUAAACUUCUCGUUGAGGCAGAGGUGGUAGGUUCUGCAGCAGUUGGUGCCAUCUACCAAUGUGGACAUCCUGUUAUGAGCCCUUGUGUUCUGUAACGUAGCCCCAAAUCUACUUCAUUCAAAGAUUUGUAGUAUGGUUGCGAGGGACCAGAUACAGUUCAUUUGAAGAGACAUAUAGGCCUGCCACUUGGCCAUCCCUUCUUUUAUAAAAAAUGGCACCUGAACUUCCAUUUCUUUCUGGACCUUAUUGCACAUCUGAACAUUUCCUCUGGCAUUAUUUGGUAUCAAAUAUUUUUCAUUAUUAGUACAAAAGGUUAGGGUCUUAGGAGCUGACUGCAUUGGUUAUUCCGCUUUGCAAUGCAGUCAAGCCAUGAAGUCUUCUAGAUCUGCGGCCGUAAUGAGUCAUAGGUGACAUAGUGACCUUACACAUGCUGAAAUUUUGUGCUCUUUGGACUUUCCCUCUACCACGUUUUUCUCUCUCCCUCUUCCCUCUCCCCUCCUUGCUGCACCCAUUGGAAAACAUGGCAACCAGUCCUGCUCACACGUGGGUACUUGCCACUUUCUGACUUGUAUACCAACUUACACAAAUAUAAUUUUCAUGUCACUUAAUGCCACUUCAGAUGUAAUAUUUAGUUCAUGAAUUCAUCAAAGAGUCAGGAGAUGAGAGAGCAUGCACAAGAGCUUGUCCUUGGAAAUAGAAAUAUUUGCUUUAUCUGCAGAAUUUGGUCAUUCUUUGUGGGGAUUCGUGGGUUUCUGUAGGGCAGAUUUUGAAUAGGUCUAGACAUGCUUCUGUCUAUCCAAAUAUUAUCAUGCCAGAUUUCAUUUGAGUGCUUUCCAGCACUCCUUUUUCUUAUUUAAUGUACCUUGGAAUGCUCAGAGUAAAACAGAUUACCUGAGCAGGUUGCCUAUACACAAUAGCAGCCACAGCUGCUCCAUGCACACUUCCUCAAAAUUGACUAGCACAGGCAUGAUCUUACUCUACUCAGGCAUGACAGCUGAAUCUCUCUUCAAUGUUCAUUCCUAUCGCACUUGUAUUAUAAGGAUUCUAAAUAGUGCGAUAAACUGUAGAUAACCACAAAAGCUAUCAAAACACUUGCAACAAAUAAUAUCAGACUGGAACCAGUAAAGUGCAGUGUUGGUUUACAGAAACAUACAAGUUUUGUAAUUAUCUGCAGUGAUUAUGAACAGACUUAUCUCAAGUCUUAACUCAUCUCCUGUGAAUUCUGCUUGGAGGAGUGAAAGGGCCCGCCUUGACUUCAGAGUGAGGUGCGGGAGAAUAAGCUAGGGGAAUAGAUUGCAAGACAGGAAGACUAUCUGCAGGUACUGUUACAUAUUUUUAAAACUUGUUUUCUGUCAUGAAGGCUUAUUCUCUGUUUUAAAAGAAGCUGAGGUUUGCAGGAUGUGACAGUACUGGUGUUGCGAGUGAAAUCUGUAGGUACAUGGAAUAUACCCAGCUGAUGUUCCUUCCUGACGUACAGUAUUAGAGACAAUAAGUUGCAUGCGCAUCUUCCUGCUCUCUCUGCAUCUUAGGAAGUAAUAUCUGUUCUCAUUUUCAUCUUUCCUCAGGAUCCUCCUUAACCUGCUGCCUCUUCCUGGUUUCUUUCUAAUGUUAAGUGUAAAGUAGUAAUCAGUCUUGUUGCUGUUUUUCCUUUUACUCCCUUCCCAAUAGGUAUUCCUAACCAGAUGCACAUUGGAGCAGCCCCACCCCCUCAGUUCAACAGGAUGGAGGAGAUGGUAAAGUCCCGGGUCUUUUUCCUGCUUUUCAAGUGGUGGGUCUGACUGGCUACCAGAGGAUAGGCUGAGGACCUAGAAUUCUCUGUAGAGAGUCCCUGCAGCAUUUGGGGGAAAGUUACAUAACUUGAGUCUGGCUGAGCCCGUGUAGUGGGUUGAAUUUGAACUGAUUGGGUAUUUUUUACAGAGAAAUGGGGGAUAGGCUGUUGCCAUAAAGGGAAAGGGCCAAAAGCAGAAAAGGUGUUGAGCACCACCCAGUACCUCUAGGAAUUGGCAGAGUAAGGUGUAAGCGGUAAAGUACCCGGUUAGCUGCUGCUUUUCAUUUAACUCUGAGGACUAGACGCCUAAAGUGAGCUUCGAUUCUCAGGAUUCUGAAGAAGUCUCGCUUUAAGGAGAGAUAAGUUCUGAACAGGCCUUAAAAAUGGGAACAUCCCAAUUUGCAUGGGCAGGAGCAGGGUGUUUCAUUGUGACAUUCUUAUAUGAACUGUGACUACUCUUGUGCUUUUUCAGGGUGUUCAGGCAGGCCGUGCAAAGCGUUACUCAUCGCAGCGUCAGAGGCCUGUCCCAGAGCCUGCUCCACCUGUGCACAUAAGCAUAAUGGAAGGGCACUACUAUGACACACGUGAGUGCAUGCUGCUGCUUAAAAAUCUCUGGGUUCCCUAUGUUUUGUACUACUAUAAAACUCAAGUGGGUUGCAGAUGAUUUAUUCAGCCUUCCAUCUACAGUGUUGUAAGUGCUCCCUCAAGUAAAAGUAGAUUAAUUUGUACCAGAAUAACAUGGAAAUAUGAAUUACUAAUUAAUCAGCAUGAAAAUAACAAAGCACUUUAAAAAUUCCUGGAUGAGGGGAAUCUGAAGCUGAGUCUCCCCAGUCCAAAGAGGAAAUUUCCAUUUUACUUUUGUGCAGACACCACUUCCAUUAAUAAGGAGCAUCUCCUUAUUCACCCCUGAACUAUCUCUAAAAGCUGAUGUGGCUAAACAGUUCUUUGUAUGAUUUCACAUGUUCUUCCCCCUGCCCUCAUGGAAACCGGCUUCUUUUUACUGGGAUCCCAGUGUGUUUACUGUUAAACUACCAAUGUGUAUGGAAUAAAGGUCGUAUUUGAUGGUCUCUCAUUACAGUACAGUUCCAGGGACCGAUCUACACCCACAGCGAGAAUCCUGCCCCGCUGCCUCCCCAAGGGGUGAUUGUUCAGCCAGAAAUGCAUCUCUCCCAUCCAGGUAGGGAAUUGCUUCUCGCAUCUCCUCCUGUCCAGGCAUUUCUCUCCAACGCAAGCCCGUGUGAGCUCUGUGAGGCAGAAAUGGGGAGAAAAGAUAAUGGAGCAGUCAUAUAGGGUUGAUUGUUACCUUAAGCCUAAAACCUGGAAUAUUGGAUCAAAACUGUUUCCCUCUUCUCUCCCCCUCACUCGUUGCUUUAUAGUACCAAAUGGCAUCCUUGGUACAAAGCCUUCUCUGUUCCGUGAAAAAAAUUGGCACCACGCUGAAGCUUUGGAUUCCAUCUGUGCCAUUCUGCUGCAUUUGAAACCCUGUUGCAGAUGUGUGUUAGAAGACAAAAAUCUAAAUUAGGUUUAGCUAAUGCAGCGAUGGGAUGGAGAGAUUGUUUUGCUGAUCCUUCUGUGCAGAUACGAUGGGGGGCAGGUGGGCAGAUGUCAUAAACUUGUUAGUUGUCACCCAAAGCAUCUUCAAGUGAUUUACAUUGGGAAAGAAAUACAUAAACACAUUAUGCCAUCAGGAGGGGGGGGGAGGAUCGUAUAAUAUUAUUUUUUCCAUACAACAUACUGUAUUUGGGAAAGAAACAGAAAACCAGUCCCCUGUGAUAGAAAAUAUUGGCAGCACACUAACAACGAACAAAACAGUGCUCCUACCCACUAACCAACAUGAAAGAAAAGUUCCAUACCAGCACUUCCCCUCCCUAGCCCCAAAAUCAUUCAUGUCAGCCCAGUAAUUUUUUAAAAUCACACCCCACCCAGAACUCUUGGGUCAUAAUGAGCUGCUGCUUAUUGGGAGUGGGGGAUGGAUCCUCCAGGGAUGGUCUGGCACUUCCCCUCCUGCCAUUAUCAGGGGUCCAAAAAACAGACCUGCCUCAUCGUGUUUUAAUAGCAUACAGAUUUGCCACAGAUUUGUUACGGCCAUAUCUAUACUCAAAAGAGCUAAGAAAUUAUAUUAGAAGAUUACUGAUUCACUUUUUGGAAGAGGAGGGCAUUCUGAAUCAGGUACUUGUUCCCAUCAGAUUCUGGAGACACUGUUUUUUUUUUUACUUCUUGCUGCUCUGGGGGAAGCCUUGCCCACUUCAUAUCCUGUCUUAGGCAAGAGAGAAGGUUUCUUCUGCAAGUCUCUUCUCACGGCUGGCAUAAUUAUUUGAAUCCUUCCUUUUUAUCUUCCCACGGCUGCCAUUUCCUUCUGGGUAGGAAAAACAAAAUGAAGGAGAGAACAUUUGAGCUUAAUUGGAUUUAAAAGGAGGGAUUUUCUGACCAUCUGCAAAUCACUGGGAUUUUACCCUCCAGGAUCAAUCCUCACAAGCACAGCACAGGGGCAUUGCACAGAGAUGCUGCAGAGGACUUGUCUGUGCCAUCGGAUGGGCACAUGAAUCCUUCCAGCAAAACGUUUCACUUAAUGGAGCAGAUUGUAAUCCGCUUCAGCACCCUUUCCGUCUUGCGUUCUUGAUUUCAGAAGCAACUGUCGAUGACUCUUCUUCUCUUCUUUCUCUGCCAGGGUUACAUCCACACCAGACACCAGCACCUUUGACCAACCCUGGUUUAUAUCCUCCUCCUGUCUCCAUGUCGCCGGGACAGCAGCCGCCGCCUCCCCCACCGCAACAACUGCUAGCGCCGACCUACUUCUCCCCUCCCCCUGGAGUGAUGAAUUUUGGCAAUCCCAGUUACCCCUACCCUCCAGGACCACUUCCGCCACCACCACCUCCCCAUCUGUAUUCCAAUGCUCAAGUAAGUUUGUUCUCAUCUGGGCUUUAAGUCUUUAAACACCGAGAUCCAAAGCGGCAGGUGGCAGAGAAACAAAGCAUCGCUGGGCACAGGCUCCCCUCCUAUCUGAGCAGGCUUUUGUCCUGUCAUUAGGGCUCAGGCAAAGCGAGAAGUGUAUACAGCACGUGGUACACUGACUGCUGCUCACUGUUGUAGCAGAUGCACACUGGGUACUUCUGGGUAUUCCUCUUGCUAGUAAUUGCGUUGUCAGAGGCAGCUAAUCCAAGCUGAGCAAAUGCAAAAGUAUCUUUGAUAGAACAGAUUUCAUGCUGUGGAGGCAAGACCAAACAAGUCUUACAAGCCACGGAACAUGACAUUGCCGUUCCGUGUUUCCUUUGGCAUUGGCCUAAAAGUCUGGGCAUUUAUAACUUACCUGUUUAUCUAUUAAAUUUAUAUACUGCCCUUCAUCAGUAGAUCUAAGGGUGGUUCACAACACAAGCAUACAAGAUACAUAAUGCAUAAUAACAAGAACAACCCUCCCCCCCAAAAAAAAGAGCUGAAUAACCCCCACCCAGUGUUAGAAACUCAAAUAUAUAAUCUAAUUGACAAAUGGCACCUUAAACCUAGAUUACAGUUGCCAGAGCGGAAUGUCUAGGCAACUUUCUUUGCAGUGAGUAUUAUUUAUUUGUUUGUUUGUUUGUUUAUUUCAUUUCUAUACUGCUUUAUAUUUUAAAGGAAAAAAAUCUCAGAAGUGGUUUACAACACAUCAAAUAAAACAAUCCAGAAUAAAACGUAUUCAAGCUUCAAGGAGAAGAUCCUUCUCUAAGUGACUCUUGGCUUUCUCCAUAUUUAUUUAUUUACCUACUUAAUUUGUAGAGCUGCCCCAUAGCAGAAGUACUAUAGGAAGCCAGCAUGGUGCAGUGGUUAUGUGUCGGAUAGGACCGGGGUGAUCAGGGUUCAGAUCCCCUCUCAGUCAAGAAGCUCACUAAGUAACUUGUUUUGUAGUUGGUUGAUGCUGUGGUUUUUGUUUAUUUACUGUACCCUGCCCAGAGAUCAAGCUUGGAUGAAAGGGGGGGGGGCUUCUUUUUCUGUUCAUUUUUUCCUUAAAUAUCGGCUUCCUAAAAUUGGACAAACAGUGUUUCUUUUUAACUUUUUCAGAUGUGUUUCUGUGAUUGAUUUAUGUGUGUGUACUUUGUAUUUAAAUUAGUGUGUGUGUGUGCAUGCGUGUGCAUGCGCAGCUAUGAUGUAUAAACAAUACUGUGGAUGUUAUAACAAUAUAAUAUGUAAUAUUAUCAAACACUUUAGACUAGGCUUCCUCAACCUCGGCCCUCCAGAUGUUUUGAGACUGCAGUUCCCAUCAUCCCUGACCACUGGUCCUGCUAGCUAGGGAUCAUGGGAGUUGUAGGUCAAAAACAUCUGGAGGGCCGAGGUUGAGGAAGUCUGCUUUAGACCAACCCAAUGGUUUCCUUUUAUUUUGGUUUGUAGGCCCAGUCUCAGGUGUAUGGAGGGGUCACCUAUUAUAACACAGUCCAGCAGCAAGUACAGCCCAAACCUUCACCACCCCGAAGAACUUCGCAGCCUGUCACUAUCAAGCCACCACCUCCUGAGGUAUCACUUACCCUCCCCUGAUUCACUCUGUGUGAUCAUUUGUGAUCCCUAGAGAGGGAGUUCACCAUUCAUAAGACCCUCCUUGAGCCACAAGAGUGGUUUGUGAAAGUGCGGGAUCUCUGCUUUUGUGUUGUUCUGAUAUGUUGCAAACUCUAGAUUCUCGUUGCAGGUUGUAAACAGGGCUCCAGUUAACAUUUCUAAACGCUAUUGAAGGUGAGCUUAGAUGUUAAGAUCAAGGUGUCAUUGGGACCCUGUUUAACAAAAAUGAACAUUCCUGCUGAUAAACCCAAACUAAAAAUUCCAUCUUUUUAAUGGCAGCUUUACUAUAUGAGAAGUUACUUCACAAUAAAGCUGGUUGCAUUUUCUGUGUGAUAAGGGUGGGGGGGAAAUGCACCAUUAUUUACUUGAUUUAAAAUAACUCCUUUUGGUUGCCUCUUUGUUUCUGGGUCAGUGAAAAGGCUGUUGGUAUCACUCCUCCACCACAAAAAACAUAUGCUGGAAAAAUUAACAAAUAGCUGUAAAAAUAAUUAAAGUGCAAGUGUCAAGUACAUAAGAAAAAGUACCAAGUGGGAGAGACAUUGUGUCUCUCGCUCUUUUAGGAAAUACUGAUCUAGAGCAGUGGUUCCCAAUUAGCUAAGUACUGCAGACCCCCUGUUUUUCAAAAGCCAAGUGAUGGAUCUCCCACUUUUGAAAAUGUUGAGGAAAAUAUGUGUGUUAACAGUAGCCAGUUAACUUCUGGCUGGUGACGUUAACUGUACAGGCCUCACUCUCCCUUGAGCAAAAUAAUCCUGUGACUGGGUGGGACCACUUCAGACUGUGGAUGGUUGCAAUGCGUUUUCAUACAAAACCAUUCUCCAUAUAAACAACUAGUAUGCCAAGGGACAGCCUGAGCAGCACCCGCUUUCCCCUGAUCGUUCUAGUUAUGGAGGAAUUUUCUUAUUUUUUUUUCAUAUUGAAGAGGAUUCUACCUUGUCAGCUGCACCACCCGCAAUCUGAAAUGGUACAGCUCAGGUCAGGCACAGUGAGAACAGUGAAAAGAGUGUCAGCAAGGGAAUAUGACUAAUUCAAAUCAUACACAUCCUAAAGCUGCGUAUUCUCAGGAUAAUCUUCCUGAAUGAAUGACCCCCGAAGGGGAGCUUUUGACAGUGAGUGUUUUCCUUUAAAUAACUAUUCUAAAGAGAAUCCCCUUGGCUAUCUAGUUCAGGACUGGGCAGAUUUCAGGCUUGCCCAGUUUACUUAGUUCUUUAGUAGAACGUGAGAUCAGCAAAUUGAAGCCUGAUGCACAAGACAUACACAAUAAUUCUGAACUCAGGAAUUUGUUCUGAAUACCAAAACUGAACAGAGUUUAAAGUCCCUUGACACAAGAAUGCACUCUUGGUAUCCCUCUCUGCUUUCUUCAUUUCUGCAAUAUAAUUGGUACUGUUAAACAAUUGGGAGUAAAAAAGGCCAAAGAAUCAUAGAAUCGCCCAGAAAUCUGACAGUUGAUCCUGACUGACCUUCUAGCCACUCCCAAGUGAUUUUAAUCUCCUGGUGUGUCGGUAAAAAGCCAUGUCGUUAUAAGGUACAACAAACAACAAGUUUGUGUAAAUAGUGAGAAGAUUUGUGGGUAGCCAUUGGAAAUGGAACAGUUUGGGCAGAAGGAGAUGUUCUGGGGAGUGAUCAAGACAUUGAUACCACAGUAAACCAUGGCCUGCACUAACCAUAGUUUAGAACCCAGUCAAUGGUUUUAGCUUCCAUAUGAAAGAAGCAAUCUCAUGGUAUAAAAGGGCAAACUAGAGACAGAUGGAACAGGCAUAAGGGUGGGGUUAAUGCUCUUUCUUGGCCUGGGGUAGAAUUGUUCAGGCAUGGCAAUGCUAGUUCCUAAGCCUUAUUAAUGCCAGGUCUGCUUUCUUUCCCCCUCUUGUUUCUGUCUAGGACAGCAGAAAUGAGAAAUCCAAAGAAAGGAACAACACUUAAGAACGCUGCACUUUGCUGGUUUCAGUAGAGUACCAGAGCUGGCACCUGUGGCAGGCAGAAGAUGGCUCCUUUGUGUGAGCUUCUCCUCUCCUUUCCAUUGGUAAUAGGUGAUGUACAUGGAUGCAGGCCCUUCUGCUGUGCCAGACCAUGCCAGUAUCUUGAUCAGGGGCCAGAUUGCCCACCAGGAGGGCAUCAGCGAAACCACAUAUCUUUACAGUCUCUCCCUCUCUCUCUCUCUCUCUCUCUCAUAUCUUGGGACAAAGAGACUGUACAAACAUUGUUGGAUGUAAGAUUUCUCUGCUCACUGAGAGCAAAACCGUUCUCAACAUUCUUUUCCCUUCUUCGUUUGAAUGUUUUUAGGUGUCAAAACUAAAACUACCCAACUCUUUCUUAACGUUAAUUUGAAGAACCUGACUUACUUUGUUUCUAUUCUGUUUAAUUGGUCUUGUUAACGUUACUUGAGUUGUGUGGCUUAUCUUCUCCUUGGCUGACUUUUUCCAAUAAUAUGAUUUUAAAAAUAAGUCAUAAUAGUUGUGCAAACUCUUGUUAUUUUCUUGGAUUAAAAUUAUAGAGCAAUCUGGAAAAGGGUUGCCUUGUCUGAAAGCAGUAGUUGUCUUUUCUGUUGCCACUUUUUUUUUUUUAAGGAGAAAGUAUUUAAUUUAGAAUGAGCCCCAGUGAGCAUUUGUCUGCCGAUCAUUUAAUCGUGAGCUGUUCUGACCCCCACAGUGCCAGGAAAAACAAUGUACCUCCAAGUGGAGGAGGGUAACCAGGCCUAUAUGUGUGGUUGGUAGCCUGUAAACAUCAUUAUUUGACCUGACCUCAUGUGUCCUUCAGAAGGUGCAAGAGGCCUUCGUCCGCCUCCUGAAACAACACUGAACCUCCUUUGGAGCUCUUGAAGUGACGGCCUGCAGGCUUUCACCCUGUUUGCCUGCACUUUGCAGCUUAGAUUUUGCCUGCCGGGCUGCAUGGCUUUCACUAAACGCCCUGCACUUCCUACAUAUUUCUAAUUCACUUGCAAAACUGCACUAGGAGGACAAAGCUUAAGUGGUCAGCCUGUAGCCACUUGUGCUGGAGCAAUAUGCCCAGUACUAGCUGGACCCUGGCACGAUGAGCCAUCCCCAGCCGGUCUGCUUUUUCAUGCAUGUGUAGCUUCCUACUUGAAAUAUCAGGGUCUGUGUUUCCUUUUAAUUUGAUAACCCUUCUAAUUUAAUUUUCAACAAGUACAGCUGGCAUUUGAAGGAAAAUCCCUGUAUGUUCUAAGUGUAUUUGCUUUUCCUCUGCCUUAAGGUUUGAAAUGUAUCCGUUUAACAUAUCGGUUUUGAAAUAUUAGACCUAAUGACACUGUGAUAGCUAUUUUUUGUUAAUAAAUUUGUUUUGUUCCUGUUCCUGGCAUUCUUUUUUUGCAAAUUGUUUUGUAGCUAUUUGAUGGUAGUAAAACACGGGGGGGGGGGGCACAGCUCAGUAGCAGAGCAUCUGCUUUGCAUUUAGGUGAUUUCAGAUUCAAUCCCCAACAUCUCUAGGUAAGGGGCUGAGAACAUACACGGUCUCAGACCCAGCCAGUCAGUAUAGACAGUACUGAGUUAGAUGGAUCAGUGGUCUUGAUUCUGUAUAAAACAACUUCCUAUGAUCCUGUGGUGGUAACUUAACUUGGUUGUUGUCUUUUACUUUGUGUAUUUUAAAACCAGAUUUCCAUAUACCACCGUAUGACCUGAAACUGAAUAAAUGAAAAUAUAUAUUGACGUA